AACACUCCGUCUGCACCAGACAGCCAGCUCGCGUCCAAGUCCGGUCCCGGCGGUCCUCCCCUUCGUGUCGUUCUCUGCCCGCUAAAUCAAGGCAGACAGUAUCACUUGCACGGGGCUAUAGAGGAGAAACAGGGAGGCCACCAUGCAGAUCAAGGAGCUCAAGGUGCGGCCGCGCAGAGCGGCCAGAGAAGGGCCCUGUGGCCCCCUGCUGGCUUCCAUGCUGGGGUGCUUUUCGACGUACAAUGACGUCCACGGCAUGGGCCCUUGUCAGGACGCAGUAAAGUCGCUUUUCGAGUGCGUAAAGACUACGAACAAGAACAAGGCAAAACCAAGGUCCAGCAUCAACUACCACCUCAUGCGACUCAACAAGUAUCUCAAGUAGGCGUAUCGCCCGCUAGUCGACUUGGCUUCCUUUGCGGUCUGCGCCUGCGCCUGUAUAUGCUCAGACUCCAACACGCGGCAUACCAUAGAAUUGUGCGAGCUCUUCCAUAGGGACUCACUGGCAAGAGUACUAGACUUUACCAAGCACUUGCGCGCCAAUGGGCGAUUGCGGACACUUGUGCAGCUUACAGGUGUAUCAUGC